AUGGGGUCCGAUGAUGAUAGGGAUAUGCGAAAGGAUGUGCAGAUGGAGCAAGUGCCUGUGUCGAUACUGACCAACAAGUUACAUAUAUCUGGUACUGGGCCUGUGCCCGUGCGUGACCUGCGGUCUUCAGAGAAGAAAGUUGGUGGCGGAAUACUGAAUACAAGCGCGAAGGAGAACAGCUCGGUGCCGAUGGACAACGAGUUUCUCAGUCAGAACAAGAGUGUGGAUGGGAACGGGCUGGUGUCUAUGUCGUCUGGUGACGGGAGAGUGAUCGGUUCUCGGAAUAUAUCUUUCUCUUCGGGGAUAAUACAGUUUCCCAACGGUAACGAUGACGGCGCAUCGAUCAUUUCGGAUGCUAACGGGAUCACAGUGGAGCGGAAAGCUUCGAUUACUUCACCAAAAUCUACUAUAUCAUUCACAGUUGAUGAAAAUGAAAAGACAUCCCAUCAUAGGUAUUCCAUCUCUAGCAAGCCCGGGAAGUCCACGACAUCCAUAGACAGUUUAGCUAUUGAGGGUAAGAACAACAGUAUAGAUGCAAAGGAUUCGGUAAAAGGUAAUACAAAGGAUGAAGUUGAGGCCGUGCCCGAACAGAAAAACUCUAUAGUGAAUAUGCCUGGUGACUUCAUAUUCUUUGAGUCUAGGAAGCAUGAACAUAAUUCUAACGAGACAGAUGGCAAAGAAAAGAGCUUGAAAAGUAAGAAAAGUGGCAUUUCAGGUGCUAGCGGUUCAAAAGAGGUUAUUGGAUCCACUUCUGGCCCUCAAAUUCCCUUUUCUGAGUAUUUCCUAAGACAAGAUGAUAAGAAAUUUCAUAUCCUUAUAGGUGCUACUGGAUCUGUUGCAACUAUAAAGGUGCCCUUGAUUAUAGAUAAGCUGCUCAAAUUAUACACACCAGAUAAAAUUUCGAUACAACUAAUUGUAACCAAGCCAGCUGAACAUUUCUUGAAUGGUUUAAAGAUUUCUACCCAUGUCAAGAUCUGGAGAGAAGAGGAUGUGUGGUCGGAUUGCAAAAAGAUGGGAGAUAUGAUACUGCAUCAUGAACUUAGGAAAUGGGCUGAUAUAUUUCUGAUAGUCCCAUUGUCAGCUAACAGUCUAGCAAAAAUUGCAAACGGUAUCAGCAAUAACUUACUAACAGCAGUACUGAGAGAUUGGUCUCCUAAUACACCAAUAUACGCAGCACCUGCAAUGAAUACUUUCAUGUAUAUCAAUCCCAUGACCAAAAAACAUCUCAAUAUACUAGCAUCUGAUAUGCCAUAUAUCACAGUCUUGAAGCCUGUCGAGAAAGUCCUAAUUUGCGGCGAUAUUGGUAUGGGUGGUAUGAGAGAAUGGUCCGAUAUAGUUGAAAUUGUAAGGAAGAAGAUUAAUGAAAUCAAAAAAGCUAGGGAUGAGGAUACUACAACACCAGAAAAAGAUGAAGAUGAAGACGAGGAGGAGGAUGAAGAUGAAGAUGAAGAUGAAGAUGAGGAUGAGGAUGAGGAUGAUAGCUUUAGAAAGAAUGAGACUGAUUCAGAGGAUGAUGAUGACGAUGACGAAGAAGAAGAAGAUGAUGAUGAUGACGACGAAGAUGAUGAAGAUGGGCAUAAUGUUGACAAAGAUAGAAUGAUAUUAAAAGAAGAAUCUGAAUCCAAACCUAUAUGA